GCCAGGAGGGCCUCGAGGGGUAUAAAAGGGGCCUCCUCGUCCUCGUCUGGUCCUCCUCCUCCUUCUUCCUUAUUUUCUCGACCAUCGUCUUGCCCGUCUGCAUUGCCCUGCCUAGCAUUGACUGCCGUCUUGCCUCCUGUCCUGCUACAUACAUACUCCUACGUCUUCAUACUAGCACAGUAGUAGCCUUGCAUUGCAUACAUUGCUGCCCCUGAUACCCAGUAGCUAUACCCUCCUGCCUCUGCAUCCCUACUGUCCUCGCCAUCAAAACACUGCUGUCACAAUGGAGACUGCCAUGCGAGCCCACAAUGCCUCCUUUCCCAUCAACAUGCCGUCCAAGGCCCCCCAGAGCGCCAGCUACUACCCCGUCUCCCGCAUUGCCGGCUCUCCCCCUGAGGUUUCAGAUGUCAGCACCACCACCGGCAGCGCCAGCGGCGAAUACGACUCCUCGGCCGGCUACUCGGGCGUCGACGUUAUCGACACUCUCAACGACCGCAUGAGCAACGUCUUCGAUCCCUCCCGUCUCGACCAGGGCAUCGCUAAGCAGACCCAGCUCUCCGGUCAGCUCAACGCUAAACAGCGCGAGCUCCUCGAACUCCAGGCGCUCAUGCAACGCCGCGUCAAGGGCGCCAGAGCAAACUUCGCAGAGGGCAUCAAGGCCGCAAAGGAGACCAAGGCCGACCUCGAGUGGACCCAAAAACGGGUUAGUGCCAUGAAGGCAAAGGCCGAAUCGGCGCUUCCAAAGGAAUACCGCUCUGCAUCAAGCAAAUACGCUUAUCCUGAGGACUACUAAUCCUCACCCCCUGGAUAUCGAUAUCCCGUCCACUUUUAACGACCCUGCAAAGCUAACGACUUUCUUUUCUUUUUUUGGUGAAUUCCCCCAGGCAACGGAGUACCGGUUUCCUUGCUUUUUCUUCAGUUUUUCUCUGCUUCU